GAUAGUCGAGAGGCGAGCGCUCCCAACAGUCGCAACAGUUCUAUACGUCGCGAAACGCCUGACAUUGAAGUCAAUCAAUUGAGAGGCAGUCAAUCCAUUUCGGCCGAAGACUUAGAAGAGAAAUGUAAAGUUUCUCUCAAAGAGUAUUUGAAUGUGAAGAAUGUUGACGAACCCGAGUUAGAUGUUUGCAACUUAUGCAACGACUCCAACGCCGACGUCUACAUCUUGUCUGCAAUCAACUGCGCUCUCGAGAACUCUAGUCAGUCCGACCACUUCCUCAUCGGAAAACUUAUUAUUCAUUUAAUUAGUAAACAAUGUUUAAAACUCGACCACUUCUAUAAGGGGCUCAAUUCUAUACUCGAGUACUCCGGAGAUGUAGAACUGGAUGUGCCGAAGAUGUGGGACUAUAUCGGCAAUAUUAUUGCCCCUAUUUUUAACGUGGAAUUUACGACAAAAACGCCAACUAAUAAAUCAAAUAAUUCGGAACAAAAGUUAUCACAUUUUGUGGAAGACAUAGAAAACCUCGUCAAACAGAAGAAAUCUAAGGAUGAAAUACAGAAUUUUAUAUCCGUUAUUCAUCAAGACAUCGGAGAGACGACAUUAGACGAGCCGACAUUAAUAGCGAUCGCACCGCUUCUCCAGAAAUUCCUCGGCGGCGAACCAGACGGUGAACUCCAGGCUCUGAUAGUCCUACAGGAGCUGAUGGAGAGACUGCAACACCCGCCAAACCUGCUGUUAAAGAUAUUCCAAUGCCUUUACGACCACAGCGUGAUAUCACACGACGGGUUCUUACAGUGGGAGAAGUGCGACGGCAACGGCUCUGGGAAA